AAUCUUCACUCGAUCCAGUUGUGUUAAGAAUCGGCGAAAAAAGACGGAAAUAAUCGGAGCCAGUCGUUUUCCCGCUGGUAGAAAGACGUGAACCGUGCGAGCCACAGCAAUGGACGUCUUGCAUUAUAGUAAAAUGGCCAAAAAGUUGAUCAGCGUGUUUUGCACACUGUGCUUGCUUUUUGAGUUCACGGUCGAGCAAGGCGCAAAUGAGAAAAAGGACCAGGAAUGCUACAACUACGCCGGAGGACACGUUUACCCUGGCGAGGCUUUUCGCGUUCCCGUGUCCGACCAUUCCUUGCAUCUCAGCAAAGCAAAAAUCUCUAAACCCGCACCACACUGGGAGGGAACAGCUGUCAUCAGCGGAGAGUUCAAAGACCUGAAACUAUCUGACUAUAUAGGAAAAUAUUUAGUCUUCUUCUUCUAUCCCCUUGACUUCACUUUCGUAUGUCCCACUGAGAUCAUUGCGUUCAGCGACCGGGUGAAUGAGUUCCACGCCAUCAAUGCUGAUGUUGUGGCAUGUUCUGUCGACUCACAGUUCACCCACCUGGCCUGGAUUAAUACCCCCAGGAAGCAGGGAGGUCUUGGACCACUGAAAAUUCCCCUCCUGUCUGACCUCACACACCAGAUCGCCAAGGAUUAUGGCGUCUACCUGGAGGACCAGGGACACACACUCAGAGGUCUGUUCAUCAUCGAUGGUAAAGGCAUACUGCGGCAGAUCACUAUGAACGAUCUGCCUGUGGGUCGCUCCGUGGAUGAGACGCUCAGACUGGUGCAGGCCUUCCAGUACACGGACAAGCACGGAGAAGUUUGCCCAGCUGGCUGGAAACCGGGCAGUGAAACGAUUAUUCCUGACCCCUCUGGCAAACUGAAGUAUUUUGACAAACUGAACUAACAUCUAUGUUUUACAUUUGCCAUUGCUGUGAGUGCUCUAGGUGUACAGCUGUGUGCUAAGCACAGAAUAAACAGGGUUUUUGAUAGA